UGGAAGAGGAGGAUGGAGGAGGACAACAAAUACAUGUCCAAACUGUCACCCACUGUGGACUACUGGGCAGGCAUGUACCUAGUGGUGAUAGCGGUGCUCUCAGUGCUGGGUAAUGCUGCGGUCCUGCUGACCUCAGCACUGCGGCCGACUAACCUCAAGGCCCCGGAGCUCCUGACAGUCAACCUGGCUGUGACGGACAUCGGCAUGGCUCUCAGCAUGUACCCCCUAUCCAUUGCCUCGCUCUUCAACCACGCCUGGAUUGGAGGGAAUUCCUCCUGCCUCUACUAUGGCCUGAUGGGGAUGAUCUUCGGCACGGCCAGCAUCAUGACCCUGGCUGUCAUGGGUUUGGUACGAUACCUGGUGACAGGAAACCCACCUAAAACAGGCAACAAGUUCCAGCGUCGGACCAUCACCAUGGUGAUCAGUGUGAUCUGGCUGUACUCUGGACUGUGGGCUGUGUUCCCUCUACUGGGAUGGGGUGGCUACGGACCGGAGCCCUUCGGGGUGGCCUGCUCCGUGGACUGGGCCAGUUACCAAGACUCCCUGAACCGUUCCACCUUCAUCAUGUCUCUGUCUAUCCUCUGCACCUUCAUCCCCUUCCUCGUCAUCCUCUUCUCCUAUUUCGGCAUAGCUUGGAAACUCCACAAGGCCUACCAGGCCAUCCAAAGCAGCGACUUCCACUACGGACACAUCGAGAGGAAGGUCACUCUGAUGGCGGUGUUGAUCAGCUCUGGGUUCAUCGUAGCCUGGUCUCCCUACGUGGUGCUCAGCUUUUGGAGUAUGUUCCACAACAAGGGGAAGGACAGCCUGGCCCCCGUGGUCUCCCUGCUGCCCUGCCUGUUCGCUAAAAGUUCCACGGCCUACAACCCUUUCAUCUACUACAUCUUCAGAUGCUCCUUUAGACGCCAGCUGCGCCAGCUCCAGGUCCUGAUCUGCUGCUCUGCCCAACCAGACUCACCUUCGUGUAGGGAGACAGGAGAGGGCAGGCAGAGUGUAAGGUCUGACCUACUACAGAGCUUUCCGGAUGAUAAGAAUAGAGCUCCCUUGGUGGGGAAGUUGGGAACUGCGGUGCUGGAAAGAGUCUGAGAAAGAGCUGACAAG